CGCCGCCGCCGCUGAGACCGUCCGCCGCCCGCGCAGGCCACUCGACUUCGCCGCUCUCCCUUCGCCGACCAACCGCCUCCUGCUCGCCAUGGAUGACGAUAUUGCUGCGCUCGUGGUCGACAACGGCUCCGGCAUGUGCAAAGCCGGCUUUGCGGGGGACGAUGCCCCCAGGGCCGUCUUCCCCUCCAUCGUGGGGCGCCCCCGGCACCAGGGCGUGAUGGUGGGCAUGGGCCAGAAGGACUCCUACGUGGGCGAUGAGGCCCAGAGCAAGAGAGGCAUCCUGACCCUGAAGUACCCCAUCGAGCACGGCAUCGUCACCAACUGGGACGACAUGGAGAAGAUCUGGCACCACACCUUCUACAACGAGCUGCGCGUGGCCCCCGAGGAGCACCCCGUCCUGCUCACCGAGGCCCCUCUGAACCCCAAGGCCAACCGGGAGAAGAUGACCCAGAUCAUGUUCGAGACCUUCAACACCCCCGCCAUGUACGUGGCCAUCCAGGCCGUGCUGUCCCUGUACGCCUCUGGCCGCACCACUGGCAUCGUGAUGGACUCCGGGGACGGGGUCACCCACACCGUGCCCAUCUACGAGGGCUACGCCCUCCCCCACGCCAUCCUGCGUCUGGACCUGGCGGGCCGGGACCUGACCGACUACCUCAUGAAGAUCCUCACGGAGCGUGGCUACAGCUUCACCACCACAGCCGAGCGGGAGAUCGUGCGCGACAUCAAGGAGAAGCUGUGCUACGUCGCCCUGGACUUCGAGCAGGAGAUGGCCACGGCUGCGUCCUCCUCCUCCCUGGAGAAGAGCUACGAGCUGCCUGACGGGCAGGUCAUCACCAUCGGCAACGAGCGGUUCCGCUGCCCCGAGGCCCUCUUCCAGCCCUCCUUCCUGGGCAUGGAAUCCUGUGGCAUCCAUGAAACUACCUUUAACUCCAUCAUGAAGUGCGACGUCGACAUCCGUAAGGACCUGUACGCCAACACAGUGCUGUCUGGUGGAACCACCAUGUACCCAGGCAUCGCCGACAGGAUGCAGAAGGAGAUCACCGCUCUGGCUCCGAGCACGAUGAAGAUCAAGAUCAUUGCGCCCCCUGAGCGCAAGUACUCUGUGUGGAUCGGCGGCUCCAUCCUGGCCUCGCUGUCCACCUUCCAGCAGAUGUGGAUCAGUAAGCAGGAGUACGACGAGUCCGGCCCCUCCAUCGUCCACCGCAAAUGUUUCUAGGCGGACUGUUACCAGUUGGUUACACCCUUUCUUGACAAAACCUAACUUGCGCAGAAAACAGAUGAGAUUGGCAUGGCUUUGUUUUUUUUGUUUGUUUGUUUUUUUGAUCUUUUUUUUUUUGGCGCUUGACUCAGGAUUUAAAAACUGGAACGGUGAAGGUGACAGCAGUCUGUUGGAGCGAGCAUCCCCAAACUUCUACAAUGUGGCCCAGGACUUUGAUUGUACAUUGUUCUUUUUUUAAUAGUCAUUCCAAAUAUGAGAUGCAUUGUUACAGGAAGUCCCUUGCCUGCCCCAAAGCCACCCACUUAUCCCUAAGAAGGGCCAAUCCUUGCCCGAGACCACACGGGAAGGGUGAUAGCAUUGCUUUUGUGUAAAUUAUGUAAUCCAAAUUUUUUAAUCUUCGCCUUAAUACUUGUUCUUUUUGUUUUAUUUUGAAUGGCCAGCCAUCGUGGCCCCCCUUUUUGUCCCCAACUUGAGAUGUAUGAAGGCUUUUGGUCCCCCUGGGAGUGGGUUGAGGUGUGGAGGCAGCCAAGCAGGGCUUACCUGUACACUGACUUGAGACCAGUUCAAUAAAGUGCACACCUUAAAGGAA